ACCAGAAUUGAGCUCCGUUGGUCGGAAAUCGAAAAUAUUCCACUGAAGGACGUCUACUGAACUAGCAGCUGCGACCCAUUCACUCGGGGUUUCUAGAAUGUCUAUAGUAGGAGUAUCCAUGGGUGGGAGGUUUCAGGUGGUCUACUUGGAGUGCCACUAAACCUCGUAAGAAUAAUUUUUGGGAUUACCUAAUGUUCAAUGUUGUUUCAUGAGGGAAGGGAACGGGAGAUGAUAAAAUCAAAGGGCUUGAACCCCACAGCCCCCCCCACAGGGCAUGCGCAUCUCCCGCUGUAGAAGAGAGGAUCAAGACCUUGACCUUCUCGGGACCAGGCUCUCCAAGCUUGACUUAGAAGAUGACAAUGGAGCAUGCUUUUUCCAGCCGAUAUCUACGCACGAGCACCAGAAAAUACCAAAACAAUAUCCGGAUUUCAGAUGCCGGUUUGACUACACCGAUUCCCCAUUUCAUAUUGGGAUGCACUUGAAGUCUGUGGUUGAGGAUUCUCACCUUUGUGGCAAGGAGAUGUUGGUUUCUGACCCGAAUCAACGUAUACUUGAAACUGCCCAGUACGAGUUUCAAAAUCCCAGGUUCCACAGUCUUUAUGAGUGGAGAUUGCUACGAUCGUUUGGUCUAAAGCCAGAAGUCCGGAAAAGAUCGCGUAAUUGUCCACAUCAAUUUGUGGUGACUUCCCACGGAUUGCAGGCAACAAAAGACACUGAAGGCAAGCUCACAUGCAGUGAAGCUCUCCCACUUGUCAAUCUCAUCCAGGCUCAGUUACUGCACACAUCCUUGAGACAUAAUAAUACGAUUUUCCCAGUUCUCAUGGCGUCAUUCAUGGGUGCCAGAUUACGCUUCAUUGAAGCUUAUUCUGAUGGCAGUGAGCAUCCGUACAUCCGUAUGGGCAGGUUGAUUGAUUACUUCAAGUUCAACCAUGGACUUGAUGCUUCGCUGGUUUUUGAACAGCUCUGUUGGAAAGACAAUGGACUCUCCAAACAUCAGCCAUUGUCAACGCGAGGGGCUGUGCAUACCUAG